AUGGACAUUAACAAUGGCACUCAAAAGAAAAAAGGAAAUGCUACCAUUCCACCGGGACGGGGUCAAAUCAAAGCCCAAAUAUAUGAAGAUUUGAAGACAUUUGUAACAGGAGGUUUAGGAAAGAAAAGCGAGAACGAUGGUGACAAAAGCGUAACCUCCUUGCCAGCAAAUGGCUCCUGCUCCCACAACCCCACAUCAUUGAAGAAUCAACGUUCAAAGUUGGAAUUUGAGCCUGACCAAUCUUCUAUGGCUAGAAGGUGA